AUGGAGUUCUCCCUCGACAACAACUUCCUCAAUCUUGUCGGCGCGCAGUCCAGCCCAUCACUUGGCCUUGCUCACCAUGGCGGUUCUGAGGCUCAGCGACCUUCUCAGUCCUGCGUCAAUGAUGAGGGCAUGAGCAAUCAACGUGCGCAAUGGGAAGCCAACUAUGCAAAUAUUGAUAUGCCCCCACCACCUCCCGCGGUGUUCAACACUCGAGAAGAGAUGAUUGCCGAAGCCAAGGAAUUCGCAGAGUCCCAUGGAUACACGCUUGUCAUCGGCCACUCUUCAAAGCAUCAGGGUGAACCCUCGCGCUGCUGGCUUACGUGCGACCUCGGAGGCGUGUAUCGCAACAGACAUCAUCUGACUCCCGAGAUGCGCAAGCGGAAACGAGAAUCCCGUAAGCUGGACUGUCCCAUGCGCGUACUUGGAACCAAGCGAAAGUACGAAAAUGGCUGGAUAUUACACCUUCCUGACCCUGUGAGAGCAUUACACAACCAUGGAUCAACCACUCAAAGCGAACCUCCUCCUCCGCCGGCAGAGUUCCCAGAACUAGAGCAAGCUCUCUACCAGUGGCAGCAGCAGUGUUUUGCCGAUGGUAUACCUGUUCACGGCAACACUCUCAAAGCGAAAGCCAUCGAGUUGUACAAAAGCAUGCCGGUGUAUCGUGACAGAGGCCCAAUCCCAGAAUUAGGUGUGAAUUGGCUGAAUGACUAUCGGAAGCGUCAGAACCUUCCAACCCGAACACAACAAAAAGGGUCGAGCACUAACACUCCAAACCGACCACCGUCGAUAAGCAACGUGCAACUCAGCAUGGAGGAUACACUGCCUCUCCCUCGGAACACUCUUGAGCUUUUCAAAUCUGUGAAAGGAUACGUCAAGACCUACAUGGCAAAGUUUGAUGCUUCUCAUGACUUCAACCAUAUUUUGCGUGUGCUCGCUCUUGCCAACCGGAUCUACACUACUGAAAUCACAAAUUAUCCCCAGGCUCAGUACGACCCAAGCGCUGUCUUUCUUGCCGCACUGCUUCAUGACAUUGGCGACCAGAAAUAUGAGUCGGGUGCUUAUACAGAAAAUCAGAUUGCUGAGAUUCUGCUCGAGCGCGGUGCGUCUGACGUUCUUGCGUUGAAAGUCCAGAUGAUAGCAAAGAACACAUCGUACUCGAUCGAAACCAAGAAUCCCUUGCUAACGAGAGCUAUCCUUGCGCAAAAUCCGGAGCUUGCGAUAGUUCAGGAUGCCGAUCGCUUAGAUGCUAUAGGAGCCAUUGGCAUUGGCCGCGCGUUUACGUUUGGAGGUGCGAAGCGACCUCAUGAGGGCAUGGAUGGAACGAUUAAGCACUUCGGCGAUAAGCUUGAGAAGCUUGAAAGUAUGAUGAAGACCGAAACCGGAAAGCAGAUCGCUCGUGAGCGCACGAACCGACUCGAGGUGUUCAAGUCCUGGUGGCAGGAGGAGACCGAAGGACUGGCGAGAUGGAAAGAAUAG